AUGGGUAGCUGUGUGAUUUCAUUCGUGGACCGGAAGCAUAGGAAGUCCGUUGUGCCGGAUCCUUUUAUCACUAAUUACCUUAAUUAUGGAUCUGACAGUGUUUCUGUCCCUAGCACUGGAACUUCAAACAGCACUGAAGUCUACCGUAAUGGACGCCACCAUACUGACGUCGAAAUUGAGGAGUUUCGGCACAGCGCAUAUUACGGACCGAAUAACACUCAGCAGUUCGUCACGUCGUGUACUUCGCGUUCCGGUAAUGGGGCACUGACCUAUCGCCCUGUUAAAAAAGUUGUCAAGGAGGAGAUCGUGACGCCCGAUGGGAAGAAGACUCUAGAGGUGUCAUAUAUGGGUCCGCGAGUCAAUAUGACGUACUCAGAAUUAUGGGAUUUUACGUCUGACGUGAGUCGUGGAUUGGCUGAAUUGGGUUUAACAGCUCGAGAUAAUGUUGCUAUUUAUGAGGAAACUCGUUGGGAAUGGCUUUCUACAGCUUAUGCUUUGUGGCUUCAAGACCUUGUGAUGGUAACGGUGUAUGCCAACCUUGGUGAGAAUGGUCUCAUCUACGCACUAAGCGAGACGCAAUGUCAGGCAGUUGUGUGUAAUGCCAGGAGUGUUCCUCUGUUGCUUUCAAGCAUCACGGCAGGAUCCAUACCUCCCUGCACUCUCAUAUAUUUUGACGAACUGCCUGCGAAUGGGUGCGAAGUACCGGAGGGAAUACGACUAGUGUCGUGGAAGUCUGUGAUGGAACUUGGUAGUAAGGCGAAAUCAACGCGUAAACUCCAUGUUCCAGAAGAUAAUGAUAAAGUUGCACUUAUCAUGUACACCAGUGGCACCACAGGCAGUCCGAAAGGUGUCGUUCACACGCAUGGUAGCAUUGCUGCAGGCAUCAAAAUCAUGGACAAUUGGCUCUUUAGUCUAAUAGAUUUUAGGUCUGAUGAUUUGUAUUUGGCAUACCUGCCACUGGCACAUAUUCUGGAGUUUGGGGUUGUGAACAUCUUUCUUACACGCGGUGCCACUGUAGCCUUUAGCUCCCCGCGGACGCUGACUGAUUUAACAACUAAGCCGCAUGGCGACCUUAGGGAGCUCAAACCAACCCUUCUAAUAGGUGUGCCUCGUGUCUUCGAUGCCCUGCGGCGUGCGGUUGAAUCAAAGCUCCCAAAACCGGGUACCUUCCGGCGCAGAGUAUUCGACCACGCUUACCAAAGCCGGCUCGCGGCCCUUAAGGAUGGCAAGAGCACGCCGUACUGGGAUAAGAAGAUCUUUAGUAAGGCGAAGGCUGCCGUGGGUGGAAGUCUGAGGUUAUUACUUUGUGGUGGUGGCCCGCUCUCGGCGGCCACGCAGGAGUUCGUUAACGUCGUUUUCGGGCUCAUUGUGAUCGGCUGGGGUCUCACCGAGACGGUUUGUGUGGGCGCAAUUCAACGCCUGGGGGAUAUUGACUUGUGCGUGACUGGACAAGUCCUCGUCGGUGAGGAGCUCAAACUUGUGGACGUCGAAGACUAUAAGCACACGGACAAGCCUAGACCCCGUGGAGAAAUCUGCCUGCGUGGGCCUUUCCUUUUCAAGGGCUACUACAAGCAGCCGGAGCUCACUAAGGAGGCCAUAGAUGAGGAUGGAUGGUUUCACACAGGUGAUGUGGGCAGCAUCGACAGCAAAGGCCGUGUUAUUCUGAUCGGGCGCAUCAAGGCGUUAGCAAAGAACUCAUUGGGGGAGUACAUUGCACUUGAAAUCCUCGAGUCGAUUUACGCGAAUCAUCCGCUGGUGGUCAACAAUUGUGUCUGCGUUGUGGUUCACCCUCACAGAAACUACAUCUGCGCGUUGGCCGUGACGGAUAAGGGCAAAGUAACUCGCUUUAUUGAAGAACAUAACCUUUCCUGUGAUUCAGACUUUCCUAAAGUUCUGAACGAUCCGAAAUUCAGACAAGCUGCGGCAGCAUCCAUGGCCUCACUGGCGGAGCGGGCCAAGCGAAAGCCGUUUGAAUUCGUUCGGCGAGUCUGUUUCGUGGAGGAAAUAUGGACACCUGAGAAUGGAUUUCUGUCUGCAUCAAUGAAAUUGCUGCGCAGAUCUAUAGACGCCUUCUACAAAAAGGAGAUCGAUGAAUUGUUCAGCGACAAUUAG